AUGCAGCACGGCACUGACUCGACAAUCGAGGACUCGUCGCGACCAGAGCCUGGAGAACGCGAAGUGCCGCCGAAGCGAAAGGGUUGGGUCCAAUGCGUGACGCCGGGCGCAUCAGCCGAAGAAUUCUGGGGCCAUAUCACGCCUGAGCAAGAGCGCCACUUCCGCUCCAUCUAUCAGCUCCUUGACAUCGACCAUGACGGCACGCUCGAUGCGCACGAUAUCAGGCUGGCCAUCAUUCGGUCGAUGCCCCACAUUCCAUCCGAGUUUGCGGAACGAAUCUUGAAAAAGAUGACGCCGGAUGAGAAGGCGACGUUCGCCGAGUUUGUGCGGUAUGCCGACUACAAGGAGCGGAAAAUGAGGGAGAUCUUCUACGAUUUGGACGGCGACCGCGAUGGCCAAGUUGACCCGCAAGACAUCCAAGAAUACUCGGGGAGAUUGGGUGUUCCGCUCUCCGCCGAGCUCUCCAGCAAUAUGGUCCAGAAGAUUAGCACAGGUCCCGGCGACAACAUCAAACUCAAGGAUUUUCAGAAAUUCAUGCUCUUCUACCCGUCCAACGACCCGAAGGAGCUGCUCGGAUUCUGGAAACGUUUGACGUUUGAUCUGGGAGAGGACGGGCGCGUCCCAACCGAUUUUACCGCCGAAGAAUACAAGCAGGGAAUCUUCUGGAAGCAUCUGCUGGCUGGGGGUAUCGCCGGUGGAAUAUCAAGAACGUGUACGGCCCCGUUUGAUCGCAUCAAGAUCUACCUACAAGUCAACUCUACAAAGAAGAACCCACUGACGCUGAUCAAGACUACUCGUGUAUUGUACGAAGAGGGAAAACUCAAGAGUUUUUGGCGCGGUAAUGGCAUCAAUGUGGCCAAGAUUGUACCAGAAUCCGCGCUCAAGUUCACCUUCUACGAGCAGAUCAAGUCAUGGAUAAAAGGGCAGUCCCACGAGGAAUUGACGAUCCCCGGGCGUAUUCUGGCUGGCUCGAUUGCAGGAGGGUUGAGCCAAACUAUCAUCUAUCCGUUGGAGUUGAACGCGCCGAGCACUCUUGCCGUCUUGGCCGCUGGUACGAUCAGCUCGACUUGCGGCCAACUGACGAGCUAUCCAUUGUCGUUGAUUCGGACCCGGCUUCAGGGCCUCAAUUCUCCUAUGGUCUGCGAUGCUCAUCAGCCAACAACGAUGGUCGGCCAGUUUAAGUACAUCAUGCGGCAUGAGGGACCAAUCGGACUCUACAGAGGGCUGGCCCCAAAUUUCUUAAAGGUGAUUCCGGCUGUUAGCAUCAGCUAUGCCGUCUACGAAAGGGUGCGCAGCGGCUUGGGAGCACCGAGCACU